AUGCCUUUCUACGGCUAUGGCAGGACUGCAGUUGCAGCUGUCUGCCUCGUGGGUGGCCUGGGUAUCUUCUUCGAGGGCUAUGACCAGGGUGUCAUGAGUGGCGUCAACAUAUCACCGAGCUACAUAGACCUCAUGAACCUUGGCGAUGGUGCUACUGGUACUGUCACCAAGACUCAGAAGGAGGGCGGCAUCGUGGCGAUCUACUACUUGGGCACACUCGUCGGCGCUCUAGCUGGAGGUGCACUCUCCGAUCGUAUCGGCCGCAACUACGCCGUCAUCAUUGCUGGCUUCUGGGGACUGCUGGGACAGUCGUUGCAAGCCGCUGCGCAGAAUGUCAAUAUGAUGCUCUGUGCCCGUAUCCUCGCAGGGAUCGGUACAGGAGGUAUCGCUGCUGUCAUCCCUGUCUGGGGCUCGGAGCUGGUUGGGCAUGAUGCUAGGGGUGCUGUGAUGGCGUUUGAAAUGACGGUCAAUUUUGCUGGGAUUAGUGCUUCGUACUGGCUUGAGUAUUUGUUGGCUUUCGUCAAUGGUGGGAAUACUCAGGUCAGGUGGAGGUUUCCACUGGCCUUCCAGAUGAUCUUCCUGGUAGCACUCAUGAUCAUGAUGCUUGUCAUGCCCGAAAGUCCACGCUACGAUAUCGGCAACGGCAAGCGCUCGAGAGGCCGCCAAACUCUGGCCAACUUCCGAGCUCGAGGUGAUUUGGACGAUGAAAUGGUGGUAGCCGAGUACGAAGAGAUCAUUGCUGCCGUCGAGCUCGAGUCCAAGUACGAGGCUUUCUCCUUCUGGAACAUGGUGACCGGUCACAAAAGCGGCGAUCUACAUCUCGGUCGAAGGACACUGUUGGCGACUUGGUUGCAGGUUAUGCAGGCCUGGACUGGUGUGACUAGUGUCGUCGUCUACGCGCCAACGCUGUUCAAAGUCGCAGGGUUUGGCGAUCACAAGUCGCAGCUUCUCACUGGUUUCCAGAACCUGGUAACGAUGAUAUGUUGCGUGUUGGCUAUCUUUACGAUCGAUCGCUUCGGUAGACGACCAGCUCUCAUUGUGGGCGGCUUCGGACAGAGUCUUUGCUUCUUCCUGCUUGGAGCCUUGUCGAAAGUGGCGGCCGAUCGGAACAGUGCCAGCUUCGGCGCUGCAGCCGGCUCAUUCAUCUUCAUCUAUGACUUCGUCUUCGCGACGACCUGGCUCAGUGUGCCUUGGGUAUACCCGACGGAGAUCUUUCCUCUGGUCAUCCGAGCAAAAGGCAACGCUUUCGGUAUUGUCGGAUGGAGCAUCGGCUGUGGUACAGUCUCCCUUGCUGCACCCAGCAUGUUCGGCGCACUGGGGCCAAACGCAUUCUACAUACAUGCUGUGUUCAACUUACUCGCCGUCGCCAUCGUCUACUGUUUCUACCCCGAGACUGCUUGCCGUACACUCGAGGAGAUCGAUCUGCUCUUCGCUAGCGAGACACCAUUCGUUUGGGAAACUGAAAAGCGUUUCAAGGAGCUCAAGGCUCAGCAUGUUGGUCUGGUUCGUGGCGAGGGUUUCAGGAAGUACGGUGUCGACGAAGAAGCUAAAGCGCGGGUGGAUGGGAUCGAAGAGGUUUCGAAGAUGGAGAAGUAG